GGAUUAGAAUUGGGGAUUUUGAGAACAAGAAGAGGGAAGGGAGGAGCUGCUGCCGCAGCUUUUGGAGCCAAGAGGGAGAGAGAGAUUUCGCAGGAGAGAGGGAAGAGAGAGGUUCAGGAUUUAGGUUUUUGGUUCUGUAAUUGCUUAAUCCCAAAAUAAGACCCUAUUACAGAUUAUAUAACCUGUCUAAUUCCUAACUGCUACCCGAAUAAUAAAACAUAACAAUUAACUCCCU